GAUCAACGUGAAAGUGAUGACAGUUAUAUAGACAAGUAUAGAAUUUGUUGGAUACAAGCAAAGUUUACUAUUUGCAGAAAUGUUCUCAUUGUGAUUUCCUACCCAUUUCGUUUUACGAUUUAUUGUGGAAUGUCACAGCAGUUUCGUGAUGUUGUAAAACAGAUGUUCACCGGUAAAGUUUUACGGGAAGCCCACGAUGGAGAGAACUCCACUUCGAUGGCGUUGGCACAGACAACCACUGAAAAGGACAGUGGUGAAAAGCAGUAG